GACAUCGACAUUUUUUGAUGGCCGCACGCGCGGCGCUCCGGGCGCUCGAAAGUACACGUCGUUCUAACACCGGGGCUUCUGAGGAGAAAAAAUAGGAGGGGUUGUGCUGAGCGGUGUGUGUGCACUCGAAGCCCCGUCGGUAACGACGCAACAAUGACGGAGAUCGCCGACUGGUUCCGCAGUUUGCCCGUCUUCACGCGCUACUGGUUCGGCCUGUCCGUGCUCUUCCCCAUCCUCGGUCGCUUUCGGCUGGUCAACCCGCAACAUCUAGUGCUCAGCUACGACCACUUCGUCAGGGGCUUUCAGAUAUGGCGGCCAGUCACGUCAGUGUUCUUCUACCCCAUGGGUUUCCACUACCUGGUGAACCUCUACUUCCUCUACACAUACUCCAUACGCCUGGAGACAGGUCUCUUUGAUGGUCACCCAGCCAAUUACCUCUUCAUGCUGCUCUUCAACUGGAUCUGCAUAGUUAUUGUCGCCCUCUUGUCAGACCUCAUGCUUCUCAUGGACCCCAUGGUGCUGAGCGUCCUUUACGUCUGGUGUCAGCUCAACAAGGACGUCAUUGUCACUUUCUGGUUUGGCACCCAGUUCAAGGCCAUCUACCUCCCAUGGGUCCUGCUUGCAUUCAACAUGAUUAUCAGUGGCGGGGGCCUGUAUGAGCUGAUUGGCAUCCUGGUGGGACACCUCUACUUCUUCCUCAUGUUCAAGUACCCGCAGGAGUUUGGUGGCCGCAACCUGCUCCAGGUUCCCUCCAUCUUGUACCACUACUUCCCCGACCGUGUUGGCGGUGUGAGCGGCUUUGGCCAGGCUCCGGCACCAAGGAGAGCGGCAGACGCCGGCAACAACGAUCCCAAUGCAGGAGGCGGCUGGCACAACUGGGGCAGGGCCAAGUGCUCGGGAACUAGGGCGACGACACUUCGCAGUGGGACUCGGCCACUUACCUGAGGAGGGGUGGGCGGGCAAGAACUUUAAGUUGGUCACGCAAGCGCAGUGGCAGUCGCGUGGUGCAAAGCCUAGUGCAUGGCCCUGCACACCAUUCCUCCCUCGUCGUUGUGUGACCCCUUUUCUUCUCCGACUUAUGUGGCCCAACUACGACUUAUGGUGGCCCCAUUUCCUUUUUCGUGCUGGGCACGAGUGAGUGAUAAAUUUAGCUUUAACCAUAAAACACAAGGGAAAGAGGUGAGAUGUUUAAAAAACGAAAAGACAGCACAAGCAAGAACUCGGACCAGUAUUCUGUGAAGCGUGCCGCACAAGGGAUAUCCGUAAUUGUUGCCAAGCCUCUGAUACUAUAAAUUAUUCUUUCUGCAGUGUACUGGUUGGUUUUUUUAUGCAUUUGAAGUUGGGACCUUGUCUAAAACACUCUUCGAGAGUGGCAUCGGAUAACUUUUCACAUAGUACAUACAUGGGAUCAACAACUCUGAUCAUGCUCUCAGGCCAGGAGUGGAAUGUAAUAUUAAGGAAUGCAUCGUUUUAUGCAUGUUCUUUUUUUUUUUUACAUCAGUCCUAUCACACACAUGUGUAGGUCUUGCAAGUGCCAAAGGAUGUGCUUUCGUCUUGGCGGGUGCUCAUCUUAAUAGCACUUGAAAACCUGCUCAAAAGCUGGCCAUGCUUUUCUUUGCUCAUCAUGAACUGGCUCUGACAUGCUUGAUUGAUGAAAUGUGUUCUGGUUGAGCUUGCUGUCGUUCCAUUUUUUUCCCAUUGUGACAUCCACUUUUGCGGGUUGCAGCAGCUGUGUCCUGCUUGUUUGCUUUGAGGCUCAGCUUUUACUUGUUUGAUCUGAGAGUGUGAGCAGGUCUUUGUUGGGAUUUGGAUUAAGAAUAAAACUGUUCUUUUAUUUCUUGGCA